AUGUUCGCCGCCUCGCUGCGCCGCGGCGCGAGCCUCGCCGGCGUCGCCCUGACCGUCUCGGCGACCGGCGUCGGCGCGUCGUCGAAUUGCGACGGCGCUCUCUCAAAAAAGGAGUUCACGGCGCUCAAGGUCAAGCGCAACGUGAAGCUGAGCCCGAACGUGCACAAGGUCACCGUCGCGUUGCCGACGCCGACGGACACGCUCGGCAUGACCGUCGCGGGCAUGCUUAUGGUCGAGGGCCCGAAGCGCGACGGGUCCGGCGUCGUCGCGCGGCCGUACACGCCCGUGACGCGCGACGACGUGACGGGCUACAUGCAGCUGGUCGUCAAGGACUACGACGAGGGCAACGUGUCGUCGCACAUCUGCUCGCGGAACCCCGGCGACGAGCUCAAGGUCAAGGGCUGCUUCACGAAGAUCAAGGUCGAGGCCAACAAGUGGAAGCGCGUGGGCAUGGUCGCCGGCGGUAGCGGUUUGACGCCGUGCCUGCAGGUCGUCGAGGAGCUGCUCUCCCUCGAGGACGACGUGACGCAGAUCAACCUCCUCUUCUGCAACCGCAACGAGGACGAGAUCUUCCUCCGCGAGCACCUCGACGGCCUCGCGGAGAGGUCCUGCGGCCGCUUCCACGUGCACUACUGCGUCGACGCGCCCAUCUCGCCGAGCUGGAGCGGCCUCACGGGCUACGCGACGGACGCGAUGCUCGCGACGUGGCUGCCGCCGCCGGGCGAGGGCACGAUGAUCAUGGUCUGCGGGCCGCCGCCCAUGUACACGGCCGUCUCCGGGCCCAAGCUCUUCGAGAAGGGCAAGCCGCCCAAGCAGGGCGAGCUCUCGGGCAUCCUCAAGGACCUCGGCUUCACGGCGGACAUGGUCUUCAAGUUCUAG